UGCCAAUUAAUUAAGUGGGUUUAUGGGUUUAAAAGAAAGCAGGGCAGAGCCAUAGGGAGGUUGGUUGGCCGGGAGAAAACACGGGCUAUUGGCUUCUACAAGAAGGUCUCUUCCAGCAGAGGGAGACCAUCCUGUAUUUACCUGUGACUGAAGACUGCUAUAUGGAAAAAAGAGUUGUCCUGUCCUACCUGUGGACUAACUCACUUCCUUGGAGAACCCUGGGACUGUGCUUCGAUCUCCAGGACUUGAAGUAGCUUAGUGAUGGUUGAACUCAAGGAGAAACACUGAGACUUGCACACGCACACACACACAGAGACGCAGGCAGAGAGACUCUUCAGGACAGCAGUUUGUGAGGGGCAGCGCUACUUAUUCAACAACAGGAUGUCAAUUUUAAACAUUCACGCUCGCGAGAUUCUCGACUCCCGUGGAAACCCCACGGUGGAAGUCGACCUCUACACUGAGAAAGGAAUGUUCCGUGCUGCCGUACCCAGCGGAGCAUCGACUGGGAUCUAUGAAGCCUUGGAGCUGCGAGACAAUGAUAUGUCCAGAUACCUGGGCAAGGGUGUGCUUCAAGCAGUGGAUCACAUCAACAAUACAAUCCGCCCCGCACUCAUUGAAUCGGAGGUGUCUGUGGAGAAGCAGGAGAAGCUGGACACCAUGAUGCUGGAGAUGGACGGCACUGAGAAUAAAUCCCAGUUUGGUGCAAAUGCAAUCCUGGGGGUGUCUCUGGCAGUGUGCAAAGCUGGUGCAGCAGAGAAAGGGGUCCCCCUGUACCGUCACAUUGCAGACCUAGCUGGAAAUACAGAACUCGUCCUUCCAGUUCCGGCAUUCAACGUGAUCAAUGGCGGCUCUCAUGCGGGGAACAAGCUGGCCAUGCAGGAGUUCAUGGUGCUGCCAGUGGGGGCGGAGUCUUUCCGUGAUGCACUGCGCGUGGGGGCGGAGCUCUACCACACACUGAAGGGCGUCAUCAAGGACAAGUACGGCAAAGACGCGACAAACGUGGGGGACGAGGGGGGCUUUGCUCCGAACAUCCUGGAGAACAGCGAGGCCCUGGAGCUACUGAAGGUUGCAAUAGAGAAGGCUGGUUUCACUGAUAAGGUCGUAAUCGGGAUGGAUGUGGCGGCAUCUGAGUUCUACCGCGAUGGGAGCUACGACCUGGACUUCAAAUCACCUGACGACCCGAGCCGCUACAUCAGCCCCGACGAGCUUGUGGACCUGUACCAGAGCUUCAUCAGGGACUACCCAGUAGUCACUAUUGAGGACCCCUUCGACCAGGAUGAUUGGGAGGCCUGGUCCAAGUUCACUGGGAACGUGGGGAUCCAGGUGGUGGGGGACGACCUGACUGUGACCAACCCCAAGCGCAUCGAGCGAGCCGUGGAGGAGAAGGCCUGUAACUGCCUGCUGCUGAAAGUCAACCAGAUUGGAUCAGUGACCGAGGCCAUACAGGCGUGUAAGCUGGCUCAGGAGAACGGCUGGGGGGUGAUGGUCAGUCACCGCUCUGGAGAGACGGAGGACACCUUCAUUGCUGACCUGGUGGUGGGGCUCUGCACUGGACAGAUAAAGACUGGUGCUCCCUGCAGAUCGGAGCGUUUAGCCAAGUACAACCAACUGAUGAGAAUUGAGGAGGAGUUGGGGGAUCAGGCUCGCUUUGCCGGGCACAACUUCCGCAACCCCAGCGCCCUGUGAAGAGCGCGGUAACAAGCAGGAGCAGGGGGAACGACAAGAGAGGCGCAGGACGAUUAAUACUUAGAAAACCAUGAGACAAGAAUUUACAUAAGCUACGACACAUGAGUAAAGAUGCAUGCACUAACACAGUCUUACAUUCUUCACCCUGUCUCUGUCCAUUGAUCAAUCUAUCUCUCUCCUCUUUACUCCCUCAUCUCACUUCCCACUGUCUUUCUCUGUCUCAUUUCCCACCUCUCCCUCACUUCUUCCCUCUUCCCCCCCUCUCUCUCUCCUCCCUCCCUCUUUCUUCCCCCUCUCUCUUCCCUUUCUCCCUCACUAGCACAGAACUGCACAGAAUGGAUUAUUUGCACCGCUGAGCUGAUCUGUUAAGCUGUUUGUCAGUCGACAUUGUGCUUGAAAUAUUAAUAUAUUGAAAUGUGUAAAAUGUGCAAACCCUUGACAAGUUGCUGCUCUCGAAAUGCUGGCUAGCUUCACCUCACCUGCUCAGUAUUAUGUGUUUAUUAAAUUAAACGUAGAAAUUAUCACUGAACAUUAAAAAAUAUCAUGGUUUCUGCAACCAA